GGAUUGUAAAGUGAAAAACUACAAUUCCCAGAAUGCACCGAGCUAAACGGCUCUGCUGCUUUUGGGGUGUGCGUAGCAGAGUGGAAGAAGUACAGAACAAGGAAGCAGCAAGCAGCAUGUAAUGGAGGAGGUGGCUGGAGGCAAAGUGAAGAAACCAGGAAAACGGGGUCGUAAACCAGCCAAAAUAGAUUUGAAAGCCAAACUUGAGCGGAGCCGGCAGAGUGCAAGAGAAUGCAGGGCAAGGAAGAAGUUGAGGUACCAGUACCUAGAAGAGCUGGUUUCGAGCAGAGAGAGAGCAAUCUGUGCUCUUAGAGAAGAGCUGGAAAUGUACAAGCAGUGGUGCAUGGCAAUGGACCAAGGAAAAAUCCCAUCUGAAAUCAAAGCCCUCCUUAGUGGGGAAGAACAAAGCAAACCCCAGCAAAACAUGUCCAAACAUAACAAGGCUGUGAAGGCCGAUGCAAACAGUCACAAUCCCUGGUGAAGAUAAAUCCACUGAGAUGGAAGUCCUUUCCCCUCUUUUCUUAAAAAAAAAAAAUUGAAAUAAUAAAAAAAAAGCAGUGAUAACGCAGGUUUUGGAUAACCUGACACUCCAUCAUGACAUGUCUGUCAGUGAUUAUGCUGCAAACUGCAAAAAUUUGAUAGCAACCCAGUGGUAGUGAAUAUGCAGCUUUUAAGCUGGCUUGUUAUAUAUUGCAACCUACAUCAUGCAUGUAAAAAUUCUUGCUGUAAGGGAGGAGGAACUAGCCAGACAUGUAACAAUUGCUUUUUGGGCUUGUGAUUGUGAUGUGUAUUUAUCUUUUCUGUUCAUUUUUCAUAGUAGUGGUUAUUUAAAAAAAAAAGUCCAGUAAAAUCUCAUUUAUUGUUCUUUGGACAGUGAAGUCAUCUGUUCUGCAUGCCUUUUGUAGCAUAUGUCAGGAUGCUCACCUGUGUGUCCCAUCGUAGGCUAUGAAUAUGUGGCUACUCCCUUCUUUUCUAUUCUUUCAGAACUGUUGUGGCCUAGUGGCUUAGAACAUGACCUGUCAACCAGGAAGUCCCCGUCCCCCCUUCUGUCGUGAGCCCACUAGGUGGCCUGAGGCAAGCCACUCUGCCCUCAACCACCAGAUGAUAGUAGCAUUAAGGAGUUGGGAGGGACUUUGGAGGUCUUCUAGUCUAGCCCCCGGCUCAGAACAGGAAGCUGCUACGGCAUCUCAGACAGCUGGCUGUCCAGCCUCAGUUUGAAAAACGCCAGCAAAGCAGUGCCUAUGAUGGCAUGAGGCAGACUGUUCCACUGUCAAAUGGCUCUUACAGUUAGGAAAUUCUUCCUAAUGUCCAGCCUAAAUCCGCUUCUUUGAAAUUUCAAUCCAUUGGUUCUAGUCUGGCCCUCAGGAGCAACAGAAAAGAAGUCCAUUCCUCCCCUGUGGGGCAGUUAUUUGGAAACUGCUAUCAGAUCUCCAUAGAAACAUAGGAAGCUGCCAUAUACUGAGUCAGAUCAUUGGUCCAUCUAGCUCAGUUUUGUCUACACAGACUAGCAGCAGCUUCUCCAACGUUGCAUGCAGGAAUCUCUCUCAGCCCUGUCUUGGAGAAGCCAGGGAGGGAACAUGAAACCUUCUGCUCUUCCCAGAGCGGCUCUAUCCCCUAAGGAGAAUAUCUUACAGUGCUCACACUUCUAGUCUCCCAUUCAUAUGCAACCAGGGCAGACCCUGCUUAGCUAAGGGGACAAGUCAUGCUUGCUACCACAAGACCAGCUCUCCUUUGGCCUAUUUUUACAGAAUUGUUGUCCGGGAUGCCUAAGAUAAUAUGCGCAAAGUGCUUUGAAUACUCAAAAAGCUUUGUCUACAGCCUUACAAAUAAAUCCAUGGAAGUUACUCACAGCUUGGAAGGGGCAGGGUAAAGUACCUCCUCUUCUUUCAAUUUCCAAAAACUCUAGUUGUCUACAAGCACUUCUUUCUUGCAUCAGGCAAGUGACUGUCUUCAACCAUCCUCUACCAUAAAAGCCUUGGGCGUGCGGCCGUGCCGCCCGUGUCUUUUUCGCCCAUUCUGGGCAUGCGCAGAGCGCAUGCCCAGAUCGGGCGAAAAAGAUACGGCCGCCCAGAGACGGGCGGCCAUGUUGGACCAGGCGGUGGCCACGGUGGAGCAACCGGCUCCGAUGGCGGCCGCUGGCGUUACGGCGAGAGGGCCGGGAGGAGCAGAAGUGGCGGGCCGCGGAGCCGCGGCCUUGGCCAAAGGCAGCGGUGGCCGCAGCGGGGCGACUGGCCCCGAUGGCGGCGGCCGCGACACCGGUGAGAGUCCGGGUGAGGCGGUGGCGGGGCGACUAGCCCCGAUGGCAGCUGCGGCCUCAGCAAGAGGUGGCGGUAGCUGCGGCGGCCGAACAGGAAAGGACUGGGCCCGCUUGCGGCCGCACUCGGGGGCGGGGCCAUAAAUAAAUCUCUUUUCCCCUUAAGGCUAGCGCCCGUUAUUACAACGGGCUAAAAAUUACUAGUAGCUAUAUAAAGCUUUAAUGUGGUUUUUGUGUCCCUAAAUCCAUUUUUAUGCUUAGAUUCGCAGUCUUAGAGGUGUGUGUAUGUGUGUGUAUAAAGGUUUGCAUUUGCUUGUUUGUAGAGAACAUUAGUCAGAGGCUCAAAAUAUAAUCUGACAUCCCC